AUGUUCAUGGAUAAGUGGGAGACUGAUUUUCUUGCUAUCACUUUGUAUGGUUAUUUGUGCAAUUUCCUCAUAAUUAUUGUUACGGAUUUAGUAGAAAACAGCACGUCUAUGGACGGAAUUUGUCCAGAAAGUGCUUUUGCAGAGGUUGUGAUUUUAAGAGAGGAACCUAAAUGUUGUUAUUCAUUUUCUGUCAUUGCAGUUUCAUGUUCAACAGAGUCUACAAUUUGGAUGAAAGAAUCACUGGAUAUAUUAAAUGCUUCAGAAAGGACAAUAGAAUGUUGGUCACUACAAAAGGAUACUGGAGAUAACAGAGAAAUUGGAAAUGGAAGUGAUGAAUUUUCAUUCCAACAAUCAAGCAGCACUAGUGAACAACAUUUUCAUCAGAAAAAUAGGUUCAAGAGUUAUCAAGAUACACUUCAACAAGAUGAGCAAGAACAUUUUGUCAUCUUGGAAGCAAACACUCUUGUGCAUGCACCACAAUACACUGCUCAGAACUCCAACAACCAGGACUAUCAGGAAUCAUUUGAGUGUUCUCAGUGUAAUUCAAAGUUUCAGUCACAUUUGAGUUUAUCUGAGCAUCGUUGUUCUGAUGGUGGGAAAGUUUCAAAAGAAAUGCAAUCCUUAUGGUACCGUUGUCACCAGUGCAAUAGAUCCUAUGCAUUGAAAGGAAGCCUUGCAAGACACUUAAAAUUUGAAUGUGGUAGAGAUCCACAGUUUGAAUGCUCUUUUUGUCACCGAAGAACAAAACGAAAAAGCUCACUUGUGCAGCAUAUGUUUGUUAAACAUGGGGUUCGUUUUUCAAUUGAUAAAUCUUUGGAAAAUCUGUAA